AUGAGUUUAGAUAUUACGAGGGCAUCGGUAAAACAGAGUUUGUCAAGGCUUCUAUGGAAUAACAGCCGCGCCCUCAAGUUCCUGAACAUCAGUUUGAACUCUAAGCCGGUGCUGCUAUUCCUGCUAUCCAUCUCCUCCAGCUCCCUCUUUGUGCUUGUAUACAAUGUUAUCAAGUUGAUCAACUAUUUCAAGCUGAAGUCGCUUCAAAAGGGUCAGUUGGAUCUUUCGAAGCGCAACUUCUACAAAAAAGGUUCCGAUUAUCGUAUCAUCAAUGUUCCUUACAAGAACAACAAUCUAAAGGUGAAAAUAGAUCGCACAAAUCCAGAUAAAUAUGAGCACGAUAAACUGGUUUUUAAAAAGUUCCUUCGCGACACGGAGUUCAGCGAUAUGACUGACAGUGUGGUUGAGUCUAAGUUUCUCAAGAAACUGUACAUUAUCUGGCGACAUGUGCUUAUUCCAAAAGUGCUACAUCCCAAUAGCACUAUCCUCGUUGGACAGUUACUUUGUCUGAUUGCACGAACCUGGAUGAGCUUACUGGUUACAAGACUAGAUGGACAAAUAGUGAAAGAUCUCAUAGGGCUCCGAGGAAAGGCAUUUUUGCGAGGCAUCGUUUAUUGGUUCUUGUUUGCGUUUCCUGCUUCGUACAUUAAUUCUGGAAUAGGGUUUUUAACACACCGUCUUGCCCUCAACUUCCGAACCAAUCUAGUCAGAUAUUGUCACGACUUGUACAUGGACCCUAGAAUGGUAUAUUACAAGCUACAAUUCAAUCAGAAUCAGUCAGACGUGUAUAAGAUUGAUUUCAACUACGUUGAUCAAUACCUAACGGAAGACAUCAAGAAGUUCAGCGACUCACUGACAUCCAUGUUUCUGAAUGUUGGCAAGCCGACAGUUGAUCUUAUAUUCUUUGCCAUCUAUCUACGUGACAAUAUCGGUAGCGCAGGUAUUUCUGGAAUUCUGAUGUGCUAUUUCCUGACCGGAUGGUUUUUGAAGCGCCACUCGCCCAACUUCAGCAGAAUAUGGAAAACAAAGACACAUCUAGAAGGAAUAUAUUACAACUACAAUUUGAACCUAAUCAAUAACUGCGAGGAAAUUUCGUUCUAUAAAGGAAUCAAGAUCGAGAAAAGUAAGGUCCACAAAAUAUUCAACAAUCUUCUAUCGCAUUCAAACUUGGAGAUAAACGCAAAAUUCCACUAUGGACUUCUAGAGGAGUAUAUCUUGAGAUACGCUUGGCCUGCCUUUGGCUAUUUCUUUUCCAGUUUCCCUAUUUUGCUGAACUACAACUCUGCAGAUUCGGACAGCAUCAAAGGUUUCAUUGUCAACAAGAGAUUGAUGCUAAACAUGGCUGAUGCUGGAUCUCGUCUGAUGUAUUCAAUCAAAGACAUUAGCAGCUUGAGCGGAGUCACAGAUCGCAUUUUCACUUUGCUACUCAAUUUGCAUGAAGUCCACGAUAACAAUUUCCAAUAUGGUAUUGCCUCUAACGGAUUUGGCUCUCAAUUGAAACUUACGUCAUUCACUUCAAGAUUGCGUGUUCCUUCCAGCUCCCAAAUCGGAAUCAACGGAACAAUUCAGACGUCAUAUCCUGGUCUCCGCUUUGAAAACAUCCCAGUGAUAGUGCCAUCGCCAGAAGGAGUCAAUGGCACCAAAUUAUUGAGCAGCUUGAACUUCAAAUUAAAUCUGGGUGAAACUUUGUUGAUAUUGGGGAAAAACGGAAUUGGAAAAACGUCCAUUAUGCGUAUCAUUUCGGAACUAUGGCCGCUGUAUCGUGGACUCCUAUCAAAGCCUGCACCAAAUGAAAUAAUGUAUGUUUCGCAGAAAUCUUACUUCAUCAACGGUUCCUUACGAGAUCAAAUAAUAUAUCCUCUGAACCACUUGCAAAUGAUUGAAAAGGGAUACACAGAUCUCCAACUGAUGACUUAUCUGAAUGAAGUUGGGCUUGGGUAUUUGAUAGAAAGAUUUGGAAAUUUGGAUUUCCAUCCAAAUGAAGCUGAACCCAUCAUGACCGACGAGUUGAUUGUCAACGGGAAAAGUGUUAAGAUAUAUAAUUCCAACGCCGGUUUAGGGGACGGGAAGAAGAGCUGGCAUACAUUGCUUAGUGGAGGCGAACGCCAAAAAUUGAUCAUGGCUAGAGUGCUGUUUCAUCAAAAGAAGUUCGUGAUUCUUGACGAGCCCACAAAUGCGAUAUCUUAUGACUAUGAGGACGCAAUUUUCGAGAUGAUGAAGGCUAAAAAGUUUACUUUCAUCACUAUCAGCCAUCGCGAAACUUUGGUCAAGUACCACGAUUAUGUGCUUCGCCUGAAUGACGUUGACAACUAUGAGUUCGAGAAGGUAGACGACGGCCUGAAGACGUUUGAAAGCAUGGACAAAGAGAUUGCAUUCCUAAAAGCAGAACUAGAACAGAUGGACAGAGCCAAAGAGAGGAAACAGGAACUGCUAAAUCUACUAAGUGGCCCUGAGGAAUAA